AACAUUAAGAAUACUACGAUUCGAUAACCAGAAAGAUCUGAAACGAGUACCGCCUGUUAAGUUUUUGUUGUUCGGACAUUACAAAGAAGUACGUGCAAUAAUUGUUAUAACUAUUUUCGUACUCGAACCAAAGUUUAUUGUGUUGUGAAAAAGACCAAAUCGAAGCAGAACUAUAUUGGAUUAUCUCCCACUUGGAUAUACAAAUUAAAAUCGUUACAAAAUGGAUUACAAAAACGAUAUUAAUUCCGACGACGACUUCGACUGCUCCAACGGCUAUAGCGACAGCUAUGGCUCCAAUGGACGCAUGUCCAAUCCCAAUGGAUUGUCAAAAGCAGAACUUAGAAAGACAAACAAACCGAUUAUGGAGAAACGUCGCCGAGCUCGCAUUAAUCACUGCCUCAACGAACUGAAGUCCCUUAUCCUGGAGGCGAUGAAAAAAGACCCGGCUCGUCAUACCAAACUGGAGAAGGCCGACAUACUUGAGAUGACGGUGAAGCAUCUGCAGUCGGUGCAGCGCCAGCAGCUCAACAUGGCCAUCCAAUCGGAUCCCAGUGUGGUCCAGAAGUUCAAGACGGGAUUUGUGGAGUGCGCGGAGGAGGUGAACCGCUAUGUUAGCCAAAUGGAUGGCAUUGACACCGGUGUUCGUCAGCGGCUCAGCGCCCACCUGAACCAGUGUGCCAAUAGUCUGGAGCAGAUCGGUUCGAUGAGCAACUUCAGCAAUGGAUACCGUGGUGGCAUGUUUCCCGCAACGGCUGUCACGGCUGCUCCCACUCCGCUGUUCCCCUCGUUGCCGCAGGACUUGAACAACAACAGCCGCACGGAUUCGUCGGCCCCGGCCAUCCAAAUGGGUGGACUUCAGCUAAUUCCCUCCCGCCUGCCCUCGGGAGAGUUUGCCCUGAUUAUGCCGAAUACCGGAUCCGCUGCUCCGCCUCCGGGACCCUUUGCCUGGCCAGGAUCCGCAGCGGGAGUCGCAGCUGGAACAGCCAGUGCUGCCUUGGCCAGCAUUGCCAAUCCCACGCAUCUGAAUGACUACACACAGAGCUUCCGGAUGAGCGCGUUCAGCAAACCGGUCAAUACCUCAGCCUCAGCCAAUCUUCCGGAAAACCUCAUCCACACACUGCCCGGCCAAACGCAACUGCCGGUGAAGAACAGCACAAGCCCACCGCUGAGCCCCAUCUCCUCCAUCUCCAGCCACUGCGAGGAGUCGCGGGCAGCUUCGCCCACCGUGGAUGUGAUGAGCAAGCACAGUUUCGCCGGCGUCUUCUCAACUCCGCCGCCAACCAGCGCGGAGACCUCCUUCAACACCAGCGGAUCCCUCAACUUGAGUGCCGGCAGCCACGACAGCAGCGGAUGCUCGCGACCGCUGGCCCACUUGCAGCAACAGCAAGUGAGCUCCACCAGCGGAAUCGCCAAGCGCGACAGGGAGGCGGAGGCCGAGUCCAGCGACUGCUCCCUGGACGAACCCUCGUCCAAGAAAUUCCUAGCUGGCGCCAUCGAAAAGUCGAGCUCCGCUUGGAGGCCGUGGUAGAUCAACUGCAUAGGCCACUUCUAUGUUACGUUUUUACAUUGUUAAUUUAUUUCAUUGCAAUUUUUUCAAAGAUCACUUCAAUGCUUUAGAACCCCAUUAAGUUUCAACGAUUUCUAUAUGUUUUUAUGUAUCCCCGUUUCGCUUUCUUCAUUUUAAGUUCAGCUGUGAUUUUGUAUAUUUUUUGUGUAGUUCUCGUUUAAGCGCUUUAUACGACUAUUAUGUAGUUCAUUAACUAAUUAUGUUCUUUAAUGUUUCAUUAACUGCUCAAGUAUUUAAACAAUUAAACGUGUUUCUAUUUAAGUUAUGUAGUUUUCAUUGUAUAGCGUUUAUCAUUAGGUCAUUCACGUUUCUAUUUUAGUGUUUUACUUUAACGAUUGUAAUUUUAACUUAUAGGUAAUGCAAAAUUCGAUGGAGUGAAA